GGAAACUGGAAAAAUUAAGAGAUCUUCACUGAAAUAAUUUUAACUUUAAGAAAGAAAGAAAAAAACCCAGCAUUUUUUUUUUGUUCUUCUAUAACGUUACAAAAUGUCUUAUGAGACAUUGAAGAAGACGAUGCACAUUCAUCUGGUCUUCUAAAAUACAAGGGCUGAUGGAGACCUGAAAAUGCACCGGGUUUCUUUUUUCAGCGAAUAAAUGCUACAAAAUUAAACAGUGUUCUUGGGAAGAAUACAUGUUCAUAUUAUUGUUUCUGUUUGCCAUAUUUUUUUGCUUGUUAUAGUUUUGUUUGUCCAUUUCACAUUAGCCUUUUAAUAUGCUCUGGAGGAAUUUUGAUGGCUGUGAUGAGAUGAGAGAACUGCAAUAGGCUACGAAUGAAUGAAGAACGACAACAUAGUCGGCUAACUUAAAGCGGGAACGGGAAUGAAGGUUCAGCAUUUUUCUUGCCCGAGGAUAACUGUAUGCGGUGCAGCUGGUAACAUUCUGGGAUAGGUAUCAGAUUUUGAAAGUAAAUACCAGAGGGCGUCAAGAAAGAACACGGAGUUGUUGCCUAAUACGCUGCAUUUCGGAACGAGGUGGAUAUUGAAGGGUCAUUUGGAGAUCAGAGAAGACAGUGGCGCUUGCAACCCCCGGUGUACCCUUCCAACGAACAUAAGCGCACCGCGGUCUUAAGCCAGCAAACCAUACUUUAUGUGCCUUGUGUGCAUAAUCGGAAUUAAACAGGGACUGAUAAUCAUGAGUCUUCUUUCAUAGUAGCGGCUUUGCCUACGCGUUUGCAGUGAAUGCAUAACUAGGAAUGGAAACUGCAAAAUGCAUAUUAUUUAACGUUUACGGAAUGUUUGGGGUCAAGUACAAUACUCUUCUAUGGAUUUGAUGUAAAAGAAAAAAACACCAUUAGAGAGCUGGAUUGAGAGUCAUGUUCUGAAGGCAAUCGAAUCUCGAAAAGCUCACAAAAGCACUAUCUGCCAUCAAGGAUAUCCACAGCGGCGUACACGGGGUCGGAGGGGGGACCUGCAGCAAGACCCAUAGUGGGAUAAUUCAGCUUCGCUGUCAGGACCAUUCCGAUCAACAAAUAAAGCAAAAUGGGGGAACAGCCCAUCUACAGCACCCGCGCCCACGUCUUCCAGAUCGACCCCAACACCAAAAAGAACUGGGUGCCCACCAGCAAGCACGCCGUCACCGUCUCCUACUUCUACGACAGUACGCGGAAUGUCUACAGGAUCAUCAGCCUGGACGGCUCCAAGGCAAUAAUAAACAGCACUAUCACGCCCAACAUGACGUUCACCAAGACGUCACAGAAGUUCGGGCAGUGGGCGGACAGCCGGGCCAACACGGUGUACGGGUUGGGCUUCUCCUCCGAGAAUCAUCUGCUGAAGUUUGCAGAGAAGUUUGCAGAGUUUAAGGAGGCAGCUAGGCUAGCGAAGGAGAAGUCUCAGGAGAAGAUGGAACUGACGAGCACUCCAUCUCAGGAGUCUGCAACUGGAGACAUCCAGUCACCUCUGACUCCUGAGAGCAUCAAUGGUACGGAUGAUGAGAGAGUCACUCCUGAGACCCCCCCGAACUCGGAGCCACGAGCAGAGCCUUCGCAGAACGCCGUGCCCUUCCCUCACAGCUCCACCAUAAACAAGCACUGGGAGGCAGAGCUGGCGGCUCUCAAGGGGAACAACGCCAAGCUCACCGCGGCUCUGCUGGAGUCCACGGCCAACGUCAAGCAAUGGAAGCAGCAGCUCGCAGCCUAUCAGGAGGAGGCUGAGAGGCUACACAAACGGGUCACAGAACUGGAGUGUGUCAGCGGCCAGACCAACGUGAUCAAAUCUCAAAAGACAGAGCUCAACCAAACUAUUGAGGAGCUGGAGUGUACGCUGAAGGCAAAGGAAGAGGAAUUGGAGCGGUUGAAAGAAGAGGUAGAUAAUGCUAACCAACUGCAGGCUCAGAGAGACUCACUCACGCAGAAACUGCAGGAGACGGAGACGAGGAACAAGGACCUGGAGGCCCAGCUGUCAGAGCUGGAGCAGCGGCUGGAGAACAGCCAGGUGGAGCAGGAGACCUUCCGCAACAACCUCAAGACCCUUCUGGAGAUCCUGGACGGCAAGAUCUUUGAGCUGACCGAACUGCGGGACAGCCUGGCCAAGCUCAUCGAAGGCAGCUAGAGCACCCAACCCCCUCCCCCCCUCCCACCUCCACUCGGGAUAACGACACGCUAACGCAGUGCAGAAACACGCAACACACACAAACUCAUGGUGCUCACCAUGGAGUCCUGCCUACCUUUCACCUCCUCUGAACCCAGAGAACUACUGUUCAUUUUCUAACCUACAAUAUGAUUCUGCUGGUAUUUUUUUGCUUUAUUUUUUCUUAUGUUUCUGGUGGUUUUGGUAGCAUUAUAGAGUAUUUGUCUGUUCCUUUUGGGUUUUUUAUUUAUUUGGACUUCAUUUCAAAAAAGUGGUAUGUUGUGCAUGACAUGCCACCACCUGCAGAUGGUAAGAAUUUCAAAUUAUUUAUUAAAAGGGUACUUCUUGAUUUCUCUUUUCUCCCCUGAUGGUUUCUACAUGAUGGUUGGCAUUAUUACGCUGAGGUAAGGCACCUGCUAAGGAGAUGUACGAUGCUGGUCUCAGACUCUUUAUUCUGAGGUGGUUGUUGGGCUGUGGCGUAGUCUUGGGGGAGUGGGGGGGUCGAAGGGGGAUCCCCUUGGCAGGAUCACAUUGCUCCCACAGCCAUUUGUUGUAGCCACCCCACAAUGGCCUUCUCCUUCCCCUUGUUGAAACUGCCUCACAAGGGUCCCCGUCAAAGGCAAACGAGGGCCACGGUUGAGGGGAAAAUAUCUCAGAAAAUGUUUCGUAACUUUUAACACAAGGCAAGACAUGGAGGGCGGCAUUUAAUGAGCAAUACAGGAAAGAGCCUCUGGAAAUCAUUGCAAUUUCACAAUCAGGUAUUCUCUUUCUCUUCUGAGUGAAACAUGCAGUACAUGACGGUGAAUACUGCAUGUCACAGAGAUGCAGCAAAGGGCCUAUUUAACAUAGUGAUGAGAUGCUGAGCAGUGUCUACAAAGCAGUCUUUAAUUUCUAAUAUACUUAUAAAUUAUAUAUAUAUCACUGUAUGUGUAUACAGUGCACUCCAUGAGUCUUGGGACUUCUUUCUUCAUUUGGCUCUGUACUCCACACGUUUAGACACGUAGUUAAAGUACAGAUUUUCAGUUUUCAUUCAAGCAUAUUUUUAUACAUUUUGGCUUCACCAUGUAGAAAUGACAGUACUUUUUUAUACAUAGUCCCCCCGUUUCAGGGCACCAUACUAUUUGGAACAGUAUUCACAGAUGUUUCUGAUUAGUCAGGUGUGUUCAGUCACUUCCUUAGUGUAGGUAUAAUACAUUUCAGUAUCUAGUCUUGAUUCUAGACUUUUGAUUGCCUUUCCAGUGUGUUAUUGAUGUGUGCAGACUUGAGGACCAGUUGUGCCAAUGAAAGUCAAGGAAGCCGUUAUGAGGCUGAGAAAACAAUAGUCUUAAAACUAAAAUGUAUAAAAAUACCCUUUAAUAAAAGCCAAGAAUCUGAACUGCACAUGCGCUGUUUGAUGACAAAUUGUGGAAUAGAGCCAAAUCAAGAAAGAAUGACUGUGUCCCAAUAUUAUGGAGCACGCUGUCUACUGUAUAUACAGUGUGCUCCAUAAUCAACUUUAUAUUCUACUUUUAAAAAUGGAAUUGUACGAGACUGUUUGAAUGAAUCUGAAAUUAUUUCUCCUUUUGUUGCUUUUUGAAGUGCUAUGCUAAGACUUGACACCCUUAAUUUACUGAUUAUUUCAAGAAAUAUUACAAUCAUGGAUAUUAUGAGAAUUAUUCAUGGUACAAAGGUGGUUGUAUUUGUAAAACCUCAAAUUAUUUGCAUUUUCUUAUUUUUUCUUGUAUGUACGUGAGUAUUAUGAUUGUGAUAGGUGUGGAAAACAAAAGAAGAGAUGCGUGCGCUGGACUGAAAGGCAAAGCAUUCAGUGGUGUGACAUGAUGAUAUUAAUGGCUCAGAUUUUUAUUUAUAUUUUGCCAAAUAUGGUUUCCUGUACAGUGAAUUUCCUGCUGAAGCUGCCUUUGGUACACAGAUAUGUAAUGGGUAGCCAACUACGGUACUGUUUGAUGGGUUUAUUCUUGCCAAAAAUCUGUGAUUAUGUUUUAAAAAAUGAUAUGUGUAUACCUGAAGAACACUAUUUAAGGGCUUGUAGAUGGACUGGUUUUCUUUGAAGAAUUUUACAAGGCUAAAAGUUAGCAUUCUACUAUCUGAUAUACAUAUUAUUACAAAACUUUGAAAGGUAAUAAAACCAUUUGAGUAAUAUUUAAAUAUUGAUAUAACACAUGCUUAAAACACAAGUCAUUUGAAGUUUAUAGUAAAUAUAUACAUAUAUUAUAUAUAUUUAUCAAGGGUUUAAUUCCUUGUCGUAGUUUCACCCCCUGUAGGUAUUUUUUAUUGUAUACUGUAUUACCUGGAACUCUGGUCUGUUUAAUGCCUCUGAAUAUUCGAGGAUUUUUCCCUUCAGUGCUGGGAAGGCACUGUGUUCUUACCACCCACACCCUCUCCUGUAGCUAUCGGACUGAUGCCCAACUCCAAUAGCUCGAUGAAGGAGGUCUGGAGUAUUGAGGGGUACAGGUUGUAUUUUUAAAUACAGUGAUGGCUAACUGAGCUACAGUAACUGUGUUGCCUUUUAUUUCGUGACAACAUGCCGCAUUAUGAACCACUGCCUGGACUGGAGCACUGUGUUUUCAUAUGUGUAUGAGACUAUUCGCUGGAUGACUUAUGCAGCGUUUCGCAAUUGUGAUGACGGCCAUUUCGGGAUAAUAACCAGUUUGCUGCUUUGUGUCCAUGCCCCUGGCCCAUGCCCUUCCCACUGAAGCAGGUAAACCGUGGUCAAGAAGAGUCUUUGUGGAGUGAACUCAAAUAAAUACACUUACAACCAA